AUGCACUCUUCCUUCUUCCUAUCCCCUACCAACCACCACUUCUCACUUCCAGGUGGCUUUAUGUUCAAACAAUGGAAGGAGAGGUACCUCAUAUUGACAGCUGACGGCUGUGUGUUGGUGAGUCACGAUGCAGUGUCCCCUCCUGACCAGAUGGUGGCAUUGCAGGGGGGCUGUGAGGCCAUCGUGGAGGGCAGGGAGAUCCUGGACCUGCCCAAGCUGCCCACUGGAGGACGCAGGGACUGCUGCUUUGCUCUGAUCCUGCCUCAGGAGAAGUUCCUGCUGCUACUGGCUGACAACGCAGAGGACUGCAGGUUGGUUGACAGAGCAAUGUGAGAUAGAGGCUGGGGAGGGAUGGGGAUUACUGGAGUUGGCAGCAUUAUGCAGUGUCAGAGCUUUACUUUCUUUAAUCUCAUGUUGAUGAAUCUAUGUUCUGUGUACUACUGAAGUAAUAAUAUGUCAUAUUCUCUCUUCAGUCAAUGGGUCAACAUGCUGAGGAAAGUGCGAGAGGUGAGCCUAUGCCUCCUUAAUUUGAAUCUUAACUCACCCUCCUCAUUUGAACAAACUGGGAGAGUUGUCAGUGAUGUGACUGUGAGCGAUAGCAUUGCAAGAUGUAGGGUACUCUUCCUCAAAGGUUUGAUAUCACAGCUAUACACUUUUCUCCUCUACAGAGUGUAUCGUCACCAAUGUCCUCCUGUAGACGCCAUAAUGCUUCGACCCGAUGUAUCACUGACAGAGACCCGCUUCCAGACCCCAUCUCUGACAAAGAUCCCCCAACUCCACCGCUCAGUGAUAUGGAGGUCUUCUCUCCUGGGCCAAGAUACCCUAGGCCAAGAUCUCCUGAGCCAAGAUCUUCUGGGCCAAGAUCUCCUGGGCCAACAUCACCUGGGCCAAGAUCUCCUGGGCCAAGAUCUCCUGGGUCAAUCUCUGCUGGGCCAAAUUCUCCUGGGCCAACCACAGGCAGCACCCCACAAAAGGAAAAAGGUGAGAAAUACAGGAUUUACGGCAUUACUAAUCUUUUAUGCAAUUUUGUCUGUGAAUUAAUUUACCCACUGUCUACGUGACUGUUUAAAGUUUUUUGGGGGAUGAGUCUGUAGGGAAAAAAAGCCAGCAGUCCAGUGGCGUAGAGUAGACAGCAAUUAAGGAUUGUCAUGACAUUCUCUCUACCUCCCACCACAGGCCAGAAAUCUCCCCACAUGAAGAGAGACAAAGGGACUAGUCGUUCAGUGGGCUGUCUGCGCCAUGGCACCAGCCAUGAUGCCCAGGCAGUGAGGGCUGUGUAUCUGCUGAUGGGAGGGGCCGCUGCUUCCUCUGCCAUGGGUUACCUGGGUGCAUGCUCUCCUGCUAAUCCUGACGUAAGGCCUCCUGACCUGCCGCCCACCACAGACUUCUCUAACCUGGGCUCAGCAGGGGCGUACCACUCCUGCAAUCAGACUGUUGUUGACUCUCCUCACUUCCACAGCUUUGACUUUGAGGGGGCAGACUCUGACUUUGAUGCCUUUGACUGUGGGGGAUUUUCAUUCUAGGGGGGAAAUUAUGAUUUAUCUACCAUAAAGACUUUCAAUCCUCCUGUCCAUCCUUAAUGAAAAUACAAGGGCAAUAAUGGCCUCUUAUUGUUGCCACCUUUUGUAAGUGAUAUGGACUGAUGCAAAACAUUGCUAUAUUAUCUUAUCUUUGAUAUCAUUUAUUUGGUUUCAACCUGUCUGCUGUCAUUCUCUGGCUAUGGAGAGAGCGUGAAUUUCUUGAUACUGUUUUUAAUUAUGUAAUGUAAUGUAAGCAUACCUAGUCUUUAUAACUAUUUGCCCCACACCUAUCUCCUUAACUUUUGCUCUGCCAUGUGUUAGCUAAGUUCAUUGUUUUUUUUGUUUCCUUAUUUAUAAGUUGCUUAAUUAAAUGCCAUAGAAAAUGUUUGGUGUUUUCUUGUCUCUUUCAUUCCCAUAGCGAGCAAUAUGCAUCCUUGUGUAGCCUAGCACACAAUAAUGCAUCAUCACAUUAGGGGAGAGUGGGGUAAGUUGAGCAAUGUUUUACAU